AGUGUAUGCCGGUUUCGUUCCUUUUCCGGUGCAGCUGCGGCGUGUGUUAGAGGGAUCUCUGCCGCCAUGAGUGUCCCGGCUUUUAUCGAUGUUACUGAGGAGGACCAGGCUGCAGAGCUCCGAGCUUACCUGAAAUCUAAAGGAGCAGAAAUAUCAGAAGAGAACUCUGAAGGUGGCCUUCACAUCGACCUGGCACAGAUCAUCGAAGCAUGUGACAUCUGCUUAAAAGAUGAUGAUAAAGAUGUAGAGAGCAUUAUGAAUAGCGUGGUGUCUCUUCUCCUUAUCUUGGAGCCGGACAAGCAAGAAGCAUUAAUCGAAAGCCUAUGCGAGAAGCUAGUUAAGUUUCGAGAAGGAGAACGUCCAUCUUUGAGACUGCAGCUGCUGAGUAACCUGUUCCACGGAAUGGAUAAGAGUACCCCUGUCAGGUACACCGUGUACUGCGCUCUCGUGAAAGUCGCUGCUUCCUGCGGAGGGAUAAUCUACAUUCCGACAGAUCUCGAUCAGGUUAGAAAGUGGAUCACUAAUUGGAACCUUAGCACAGAAAAGAAACACGUCCUUCUCAGACUCCUCUAUGAGGCUCUUGUUGACUGCAAGAAAAGCAAUGAUGAUGCUGAUCCAUUCAGUGACGAGGCAGCCAAGGUAAUGGUGGAGCUGUUGGGAAGUUACACAGACGACAAUGCAUCUCACGCCCGUCUGGACGCUCACAAGUGUAUCGUGCGAGCACUAAAGGAUCCCAAAACCUUCCUUCUUGAUCACCUCCUUGCUUUAAAACCAGUGAAAUUCCUGGAGGGAGAACUUAUCCAUGACCUUUUGACAAUAUUUGUCAGUGCGAAACUAUCUUCGUAUGUCAAGUUUUACCAGAACAACAAAGAUUUCAUUGAUUCUUUGGGCUUGUCACACGAGCAGAACAUGGAGAAGAUGCGGCUUCUUACCUUCAUGGGAAUGGCUGUGGAAAACAAGGAAAUUUCUUUUGAUACGAUUCAGCAGGAGCUGCAGAUCGGGGCUGAUGAUGUGGAAGCUUUUGUAAUUGAUGCUGUGAAAACAAAGAUGGUGUACUGCAAAAUUGACCAGACGCAGAAGAAAGUUAUUGUGAGUCACAGCACACACAGAACAUUUGGAAAACAACAGUGGCAGCAACUAUACGAUAUUCUCAACACCUGGAAACUUAACUUAAGCAAAGUGAAAACCAGUCUUCAAAGUAUCUCUGACGCUUAACAUUUUACCAUGUUCUCUGAAUCGCAUUGGAACCGUAGUAACAAUGGAUUUCUUUUUGUUACAAAUUCCUCAAUUUUACCUGCAUUUGGUGUUUGUUAUAAGACUUAUUUUAAGUUUUCAGAUACAAUUCUUAGCAGUUAAAGGGCCAACUAUAAAAAAUAAAAUAAAA